AAAAAAACUGCUUUUUUAAACUAGAAAUGUCCCCUUCAAUAAUCGAAAAGGCUGAGAAAAGAAAGAGAGAACAAGAUGAGGUCUUGAAGGACAAGAAGAAGAGCAAAAAGGAUAAGAAGGAUAAGAAGGAGAAAAAGGAAAAGAAGGAAAAGAAGGAAAAGAAAGUAAAGCAAGAGGAGCCAAAGAACGAAACAGCUGUCAAAAAAGCCAAUGAAACUGAAAAGAAUGUAGAGAUUCUUGCUUCAUACAAAUACAAACAAAACGAAGAAUUGUCAGCACUUCCUCAGAGCACAAUUGACGAAUACUUGAAGAAACAUACCAUUGAUAUCCAAGGAGACCUAAAUCUUCGUCCUAUUAUGGAAUUCAAAUAUGCCAAUUUGCCUGAUAACAUGAUGCAAGUGGUCAAGAACUUUGCCCAUCCUACACCCAUUCAAGCUGCUACUUGGCCUAUUACCCUCUCUGGCAGAGAUAUUGUCGGUAUUGCAGAAACAGGCUCCGGAAAGACUCUUGCCUUUACCAUUCCUGGGUUGGUUCAUAUUGCAUCUAAAUUGAAGAGAGGAAAGAAGACAGGCAAGCCAUCCAUGCUUGUCGUUUCUCCUACCCGUGAAUUGGCCAUGCAGAGUGCCGAGCAAGCCGAAGCUGCUGGUAAGGCCGUUGGUGUCACCUGUAUCUGUGUUUAUGGUGGUGUUGACAAAUAUCCUCAGCGUCAAGCCUUCCAACGUGGUGUGGACAUUGUUGUUGCUACACCUGGACGUUUGAUUGACUUGAUGAAUGAAGGUGUAUGUGACUUGUCUGAAGUAUCAUUUAUGGUCCUUGACGAAGCUGACCGUAUGCUCGACGACGGUUUCGAAAAUGACAUUCGAUCCAUCAUGAGCCAUUCACCCAAGAGCCGUCAAACACUCAUGUUCUCUGCUACAUGGCCAGAAAGUAUCCGCAAGCUUGCCAGCGACUUUUUGAACAAUCCAAUGCGUGUGACGAUCGGUUCUACUGAUCUUGCUGCCUCACAAAAUGUCCAACAAAUCGUUCAAGUGAUUCAGAACCCAAGAGACAAGGAACGCCACCUUUUGGAUUUGCUCAAAAAGAUUCACAAAUCACGAAAGAACAGAGUAUUGAUUUUUGCCUUGUACAAAAAGGAAGCCAUGCGUGUUGAAAAAUCACUCGAAUACCAUGGAUACAAGGUCAUUGGUAUCCAUGGAGACAAGAACCAAGUUCAGCGUACACAGGCUCUGAACUCGUUUAAGGAUGGAUCUUACCCCUUGAUGAUUGCUACCGAUGUUGCUGCUCGUGGUUUAGAUAUUCCUGAUGUUGAGUACGUCGUCAACUUGACGUUCCCUUUGACUAUUGAAGCUUACAUUCACCGUAUCGGUCGUACUGGCCGUGGUGGAAAGAAGGGUACAGCCUAUACCUUUUUUACGCCUGAAGAUAAAGCUCAUUCUGGUGAACUGAUUAAUGUAUUGAAACAAGCCAACAUGGACGUUCCUGAAGAAUUGCUCAAGUUUGGUACAACCGUUAAGAAGAAGACACACAGUGCUUAUGGUGCCUUCUUUAAAGAAACAACAGGAGCACCAGCCAAGCCUACGAAAAUUAUUUUUGACUAGAUUUUUUUUUUUCUCUUUGCAUUUAUUCAAGAGUAGUAAUAACCAUGUAUAGACCUGUCAUAUAAAGAUCUAUCAUAGUAUAUAUCUAAUACAUUUGUUUUUUCUUUGUACAAUAAAUAUUUAGCACAUAAAUAGAAUUGG